CAUUGAAUCCACGUCGUUUUAUAAUAAAAACAAACAGAAACACUAAAAAUAAGGUAAUCAGUCAAUAUGUAUUUUAACCAAGUACUAUUUGUAGUCAUUGCAAACAUCAUAAAUUUCACUCUCGGAUUUAUUGCGUACGAUUGUGGAGGGUCGAAUCUAAAUAUCACUUCAUUUGACAGCCUGGAAGUAGAAAAAUGUGAUAUUCCAAUACCAACAGAAACGCAACAGAUACAACGAAUACAAUUAUUACAAAAAAUUGAAACAUAUCCAGUUAUUUUUAAAUCGUGUUUAAUAUCUGUGGAUUAUUUUAUAACGAGAUGCUCGGCGUUUGAAGAUGCGCAAGUGGUGGAGGGCGGAUACUUUUCUGACAUUAUCGAACUAGGAAGUGCUCGAUGUUCAGAGGUUCAUCAGAAACAAUCCUAUACUUUUCCACUAAGAAGUGUAGUUACAGACUUAAAAAUCAACGAAACAACAUAUGUUUCAAAUACAAUGGUAGGGUCACUAGAUAAGUAUGGCAAUUGUAAAGGCGAAAAUUUUAAAUCAAAUAAAGGGGAAUGGGAAAACGUCGUUGUCCAAGCAAAAUUUAAAAUAUUGUUAUCUGAAGGUAUGGCAACAGCGAACACCAAAGAUAACAUUCUUAUACUUCCAACAGGUACAAAACUUAAAUUAUCAGAUAAUUACGGCAUUGAUGCUUUUAAAGGUGAAACCAUCUGGUCAAACAAUAACAUGAACUGCGAAGAACACGAUUUCAGUGUCCUAUAUGAUGGACCAGCGUCAUUAGUUACGUCAAAUACUAUUGAUGAAAUUUCAAAGACAUACACUUAUAUCGUGGAGACUGACAAAAUAGUCUUUGCUUUAAAAAAAGUCAAAAAAACGUUUGCCUGCACAGGAAUUCCAGUUAUUCAGACUGAACAUAUGCAGUUAUUAAUUUUAACAGAACCUACAUUUUUAAAUUAUUUUACACGAACAACUAUAACUACUCAAAAUACUGAUUUGUUAGCCUACAUAAAUACAAAAUUUGUUUAUGUCGAAAAUUUCUUUAAAUCAACAAUUACAUCGUUGUAUAACGAUAUAAUACUAAAACAAUGUGAGCUAGAAAGAAAAUUACUAGAGCAACGACUCACAUUAGCGUCUUCUAGUCUUUCGGAGUUUGCGUAUUUAAUGGGCGGUGGACCAGGGUUUACGGCAAUAAAAGUAGACUGCAAUGUACUUCUACCACCUGCAUUCGAAUUGGGCGGUGAUUGGUUUGCCAUUCUACCAAAUAUACAGGAAAUUAAGAAACCACAAAAGCUUAAGCCAGCUACGUCCUGGACAUGGUCGUACAAAAAUCCGGAUUUCCUAAUGAAUGCCGGUAUAUAUACACAGGACACAAUGAAAGCUUUUCAACAGCAUAUAUUGUUCCCGCAAGAAGUGAAAGCUGCUACGAAUAAUAUAAUCAGACAAUCUAUGGGAUAUGAUACGACUAACCAAGGUCUGCAAUUCAAAUAUUUGAUAGACGAAAACACGAUCGGGAAAAUGGUAGAAGAUAAGUUAUUUAAAUUGUGGGGUUGGUUUACGACAGUUGGAACUUUUGUGUCUGGGCUAAUGGGAAUAUUCUUUGUUGUAAAAUUAAUAUUAACAAUUGUUGACACAGGAGAUUAA